AUAUGCGCUAGAAAAUUGUAAGUUUAUCUUUUGAUGUACACUGUGUAGUAUUGUACAUGGUUAAUGCUGUGAGAAAAAUGCAAAAGCAGGUUAAAUACGUUGUUUGUAUCAAAGAAAUUUAACGUUGCAAUCGUAUCAAUAUCAAUAUGAAAAAUGUUAUGAAAAGGUGUGUAAUAUGUAGUAGAGAAAAUAAAUAAAAAGAACGUAUAUUAUCCACUCAUUACAAUGAUCUUAUAAUAUUCAUACGGCGUAUAUAGUAGACUAAUGAAAUGAAAUUAUCGGAUAGUUGCCUAAAUACGGUUAUUUUUUUGUUUAUUUCUAAUAAUUGAUUGAAAGAAAUUCAUAAUAGUCGUAAAACUGACAGCAAUUUGAAAAGAGAUUUGACAGAGAAAAAUAUAGAAGGGGAGAGAGAAAUUUAUUGGUGGAUGGGGUAGACAUGUUUCACCUACAACGUCACUAGAUGGCAGGAAAAUGUUAAAAAGAGUACGAAUAGUGUAACGUGCAAAGGCAGUUGGCGGGCAGGCGGGCAAGCGGAUACGCUAACGAACAGAAAAAGAUAGGCAAGCACGACGGUAGGUUGCCGACUUGUUAGGCCGGAAGGCGGGCGCACCUGUCUGUCAUCAGCGCCGACUGUCAAUCGUAGUGACGCUGGCGCACACGGUACGAGAACCCGCCGCAUUCGUAGUGUUUAUCUGUCAGAGAGAACGAGAGAUUAGUCGUAACGGGAAGUAAUUCAGACGGAAAACGAGAGUGCGAGUGAAAAAAGUGUAGGGAAACUACGCAGAGAUACGCCGGUGAAUUGUCGAACAACGAAUCAGUUAGUCUGAGAAGAAAACGCGAGGAGGAAAGAAGCCGCUGAUACACGCCGCGUGCUGUUUCACGUCGAUUGAUUAACGAAUAAAGAUUUUUUGGCCCACGAGGACAUUACUGGAUCGCGUGUACGUAACGUCUACCUCAUUUUCUUCAUGAUGGACCAUCGUAUCACAAGGGAACGUUUUCCUUCAUCGAGUAGCACCGACGACGACCAAAGCGGUUCCGACACGGAACACGACUCGAACGCGUUACGCGGCAAAGUUCACUCUGGAAUACUUCAUCACUCUGGUACCCACUCCGUACGAAAGCGUCGAGGAAACUUACCAAAGCACUCGGUGAAAAUUCUGAAGCGAUGGCUUUACGAGCACAGAUACAACGCGUAUCCGAGCGACAGCGAAAAAUUGACGCUCAGUCAAGAAGCGAAUCUCACGGUACUCCAGGUCUGCAAUUGGUUCAUAAACGCCAGACGACGAAUUUUACCUGAAAUGAUUCGAAGAGAGGGUCACGAUCCUUUGCAGUACACGAUAUCGCGUCGUGGUAAGAAGAUGCCUGCGGGAAGCCAUCAACAGUCGUCCGGUGGUCUUGGUUCGAGGUCCAAUCAAAAUUGGGAUUCGUUGGCUGGUAUGAGUGCACCUAAACGUAGCAGGGAUCACGAUUACGAAGAUCCUGCAGGAUUGAUGUAUCGAAGCGAAGAGGACAGUCCGAACGAUUACGAGAGCAGUUCUCACAGCGAGGAAGAACGUCCUUCUACUCAGUGGCCGAGCGUGAUAGUUUAUCCUUACUCGGAGACAAAAAUUGAGCAAAACGUUGGACAACAGCUUGGCGUUUACGAAGAAACGAUUGCAGCUCAUCCUGCGCGACGAGGCAACGACGAGGACGAAUCGUCGGUAGGAAACAACGAGGCUGCUUAUUGGAGCGCACCUAGACAGCAUCUAAUUCAAACUGCUAACAUACAGCACGAAACAGAAACGUAUGGUACGCGUAAUGGUCACAACCCUCGUACGGACGAAACGCCACCACCAACGCCACCCGAAGAAGAUAAAGACAAAUUCAAGUGUCUUUACUUACUGGUCGAAGCAGCUGUUGCCGUGCGACAACAGGAAAAGGAGCGCGAGGGGGCUGUACCGGUUUAACGAGUGCUGUUUCACCUAGCUUACAUCGAUCUUUCUUAGCUUCCGGUUUCGUUACUCUCCUUCGUGUACACCGAAAAAGUUAUUUCGCUUUGCUACCGUUCUUGGGUCUACACACGACCUUUUUUCAUGCCUCGCCCGAUAAUAUUCUUUUCGCAGUUUAUAAAUACGCGAUAGAUCAACAGACAAGAGCGAAAAUACUUCUCGAGAAAUGUUUUUCUUUGCAUUGCUUUAGUCAUUUAGUCUUUUACCUAAUUUCUUCUUGCAACGGGAACAAAAGAACAAAAAGUAGACAGAAACAGAAAAGAAGAAGAAAGAGAAUUUUAAAGGCUGUCAAUGCUCUAAAAAGAAAAGGAGAAAGAAGAAGAAGAAGAACCGACGAUGCAUCGAUUAAAUUGCUGAAUAUAUUUCCACAUAUAAUGCGAUGCUCUCGAUAUAGUGUGACUUUUUCUUCGACGUACACACGUAAUUUUUCACGCGAAAUGCCGUCAUUUUAAGAUCGCACAACGAACAUUUUUAAAGGUACAUGUACAAAAGUGUGUUGGAAUGCAGCAAUCUCAGUAUUUGUUGUGUGUUCUCUGAAGCGAUCGAUAAACUUAUAAACGAAGAACGAAUUUAACGGGCUGAAAAAUAAUGUCCCUAUUAUUUUCUAAAGAUAACGAAACGUCCUCGUAAAUGAGAACAGGCUUCCAAUAGAUAUCGAUCGAUCUCGAAUCCUGCAUGUAUGUCGUGUCGCGUGAAAAUUGUUUGCAUAUCACGGAUUUGUUACGAUCAAGAAAACGCGUUUUCUUUUGUUUUAUUUUUUUUCUUUUUUCAAGGGACGUUUCCGUCGAUACGUACUUUAACGUGAGAUUAUCGGCCAAAUAAGUGCCAAAAUAUGUAUAUACAUAUUAUACUUGCACGUAUAAUAUUGAAAAGAAACGAUUUAACAAUUACGACGAGCGAAAAGUUGACAAAUUUGACGAAUCAAAUAUCGAACGAUAUUCUCUGGUAAUUGUUAGGACGCGACGGACAUGUUCCUGUUCUAACACUCGUGAGGGGAAAGGGAGAAUUAACGGAAAGAAUUGAGUAAAUUACAUAUUACUUGUUAUUUAUACCGAUACGUGCAAAGCAUUUGAGCGUUGUACUCUUUGAAAAAUCAUACGCGCGUUUCCCUCUUCCUUCGGAAAUCAGAAGAAAACGUAUUGAAAACGGCGAUGUUUUCAACAGCGUAAACUGUUCGCAAACGUUUGUUAGGAAUACGUGCUUUGAAACGAUUUUCAUGCAGAUUCAAGCUCAAUAAUGUUUCUUCUGCCAAGACGAGAUAAAAAUUAACCAAAGAACAACGUCUAAAGCAUUUUUGUUGCGCGUUCUCUUUUACAUUUAUUUUGUCCGUUUGUUGGUUUAGCACCGAUAUUAACGACCGAUCGACAGAAUGCGAUCUUUUCCUUUCAUGUUUCGACUGGUUAUUUUAAAACAGUACUUAUAGACUAACUAGUACGUUACUUUACGCGUACAGUUGAAGAAUGCUGUUUUAAUUGUUCAUUUUUUAUUUCUUUUUUCAAAGGGUCGUUAACGUUACAGCAUCGCACGUUAAUUUGUAGCAAUUACGAUUGCGUUUACAUUCGCAUUUAUACAUUAGACGAAUAAGACUGGUCGAAUAGAGAUUUACAGAUCUUUCGACGCGUUUGCCGAUGACCGAUACACACGUAUAUCUCCCUUUCCUCCGUUAAGCGGUUGAACAAUAAUAUGUAAUCAAUACCGCCGAUUAAAUCAAUCGUUUGUGUUAAUUGCGAGCGAUCGUGUUAUCCCAUUAAAGGAUACAUAAAAGGAAUAUUUUUCAGGAUGUGCGAGACGCCGAGACUCGCCGAAGCAGCGCUGCUCAUUUUAUAUUAUUGGUAGUUGGAUUCGAUAUACAAUAUUAUAGAGAACAAAGUAUAAGUUCGCGUGCUUAUUAACAGAGAUAUACAAUUAAUAGAUGAUAAGUAUACAUAUAUAUAUAUUAUAUAUAUACACACACGUAGAUUUAUGUUACAGCCACAUCCGUUCGUUGAGCAUGUGUGACGCAAAGCCUCGAAUUGUGAAAGAUUCGUUAAUUGAAGAUUCGUGUCGCAAAUUCGUGUCACGAAUCGCGUACAGAAGAAUCAUUGGUACAAACGCCAAAGACUUAACCGUUAGUUAUAUCGAUAAUUAAGCUCUUUAAACAGUUCACAUAGACGAGUCGAGCCCGUUUUGCCGAACACGUAGUUAGUAAUAAAAAUAUGUUUUGUUGUGUGCCCGAGACGUUUGAGAAAAAGAAAAAACGAAAAAGAAGUUAACUAAAGGAGAAAGUAGAAGAGUAAAGAAGACGAUAACGGUGUAACGAUGAUAAUUACGAGGAUGAUGAAAGAAAAGGGAGAUGUUAGAAAAUUGUGCCUAAUCAAACGUGGUGUAUUACAGCGUUCUCUGUUUUUGCGUAUACCGUAUAUAUUAUAUACCGUAAGAGUGUGUGAAUGUAGACGCGAGCGUGGAUCGAUGCAGUUCUGUGUACUAUUAAAUACGUUCGUAAAACGUGGAAUUGGUGCAUGUGGUAAGCAUCGAUACGCGAGCUAGAUCCAAAACCGUGUUCAAAUGAAACAAAGUUCAUCGAUGUACAAAAUAUCAUUGAAAUUUAUUUUUAAAUCGCGAUAAUCUUUACGGUCGAGAUGACCUACUCGUUGAAAACUGUUAGGGAAGUAAUUUGCAUUAGAUUAAGAAUGGAUCUCUCUCCGAUAAAAAAGAAAGAAGAUAAAAAAAAAAGAGCACCUACGAAAGUGAUAUUUUUCGAUCGCGUGAACAACGACCUGAAGUAACAACGAAAACGACGACUACACUGUCGAUAACAACGACGACGACGAUACCGACGGAGACGAAAAAUGAAACUAGUUACGCGAUCGAGUCGUCGUCGUUGUUUUACGAUUCCAUCCCUUUCCGAUACGUCUAACGAUAAGUCUCGCCUAUUUUACAAAGGGAUGCCACGGGAUUUGACAUUAAGAUUCACCUUUAUACCGUGUCCUGCUUGCCUUCCGAUAAACGUGGAAAGAGGAUAAAGGCCGAAAUCCUGCAUACGAAUCGAAAUGAUUGUUAACAAAACCUACCGAAUCUUCAUAGUUCCUAACUGUUUCGAAGCUUAACGAUAAUACAUCAGGGAGGGACACGUUGAAAUGAAAAAUGAAAGCGGAUGAAAGAGAGAGGGAGUCCAUGUACGACUAGCGUCAAUCGUUUAUCGAGACGCAUUAAUUGUAUAAUAAAAGCAAUACGUGUGCCUUGUUCAAGAACGUUCUUAAUGCAUACCGAUAAUAAUAGUAAUAAUAAUAAUGAUAAUGAUAUUUAACGAAAAUUAACGUCGUUCGCCGAAUUCAUCGAAUCACUUUCUAACGUACAUAUUUUUACAAUUUUUCGAUAACUUUAAUACAAGCGUACGCUUUGGCCCCCUCGUUUUGAUAAAUGAUCACUGUUUAAGAUACAAUGGGCAGGGUAUACAUAUAUCGUAUAAUGCUCUGAACAAAAAUGGCAAAUACCUAGCAUCGUGGAUAAAGUUAAUCAAAAGAUGAACAUUCGUUACAAGUUGGGAUCAUGUUUUUAUUUAAGAAGAAAGGAAAACAAGAUUAAUAAAAAAAAGAAAUAACGCUCCUGAAUUUCAUUAAAAUCAGCACUUGUUAUAAAGGGAGAAGAUGGGAGUGGGAGAGGGAGAGGUAUCUCGUACAAAAUUAUAAAUUUUAACAAAAUAUUUACUCAAUUUAAGCAUUGUUACUUAAAAAAUGAAAGAUAAAAAUAUAUGGGCGUGAGUGUGUGUAUGUGUGUGUGUCUGUAUAACACAAAGAACAUUAAAGAAUAGGAUUAAGCAUUAUUUAGAUUAAUAUAACGUUUCGUUCGAACGAUUUCUUUUUCUCGAAGCUCUUAAACGCUUCUUUUCUAAUGUUCUACGUGUGUACAUACUCGCAUCUAGGAAGAUCCAAAUUACUUCUGUUGCAUUAACAUAUCUGGAGAAAGAGAGAGAGAGAGAACGUAACGUAAUUGGAUAACAAAUGUUUAAGCUUCCAAUGUUAGUUGAGAUUUUUAUAAGUAGAAUAUAUACGUAUGGGAAUGAAAAUAAAUGCAAUCGAGUUGGUGUAAUCAUGCCUAUAUUUUACGAUUUUAUUGAAAAAUUUACCAUAGAUUUUAACGACAAUAGUAAAAAUUUCAGACUAGAUCACCUGUAGAUCUGAAAAAUGAUGUGUAAAUAAUCGAUUCUCUCUCUUUUUCUCUGGUUGAGAGUGGCACGUGCUUACACAUUUCACCAAUCCUCUCAUAUACCUUUUCCAUACCUUAUACAUUUUUCUAUCAAACGAAAUAAUUUUUCAAUAAAAUCGUGAAAUGUAUCGUACGAUUAAACUGAUCUUGCUCCCUUUCCCAUUUACAUCGGAAGACGAUAGAGAUUUCAUUUGAACGAAGAGACACGAACAAGGUUGAAAUUUUGAAAGAUUCUUACCAGGAGUAAAAGAAAAGUUGUUGUAUCGUUAUCAAAUAUUUUAUACACGAUUAAAAAAUACAAAACCGAAGUAACAUUUUAAGUUUUAAUCUUAGACGAUUCGUCAUUUAUACGUUACAGCAGAAUGGAGGUUCUCGUUUAUUUUUUAUCGUUUAAGUAGAAGAGAAAAAGCUCAAACCAGCGCAACAAAUUUUAAUUGUUAAUAAUUUUUUUUUCCCCCUUAUAUUCAAACAGGCGAUACAGUGUUAAAGUUUAAGUACCUUUAAGUUGAAUCGCACGUGUGUAUCUCGAGUGCCAUAGAAGGACGCUAAAAAAAUGUUACAUCGAUGUAAUCAGGUCAUAACUUAACAGUUAGCUAAACGAUCAUUUUAUUUUAAAGUUAUACUAUUAUUAAUUAUUAUGAUUACGAUUAUUAUUAUUAUUCUUGAUGAUAACGAUUGCGCGUACCGUUUUUGUUUCUUUCGUUUUUCCAUACACAAUCUGCCGUGUAUAGCCUGGUGUGCGUACAAACGUUACAAUGUUCUCCUUACUAUAAGUAAAGACUCGUCUUAAUUGCGAUACAUUAUCCAGCGAUAUUUAACGAUUAGAAAAAGAAUUCCGUUUAAAUCGCCGGAUAGAAUUCUGCUUUUACGUUUGUAGAGUCAGAAUUACGCGUCCCUUUCCCUCAUACACACACACACACACACCCUUCGACUACGCGAAUUCUCGAAAUACUUUAGAAUUAACAAUAUUGUAUUGUUCGAUUCGCAAAUUUAUAAUAAAGUAUGUUGUGAAUUUUAUUAUUA